UUUUCUUCUCUACUCUUCUUCCGGUUUAAAGCAACCGUUCUGUGAUAGAUCUAUUAUUUUAGAACAUUUAAUCAAGUAUUUUAAAGAUUUCUCUACAUUUCUAAAUGUAAAAUAUGUCUAAACGACGAAUCGACGUUGGGGAUAGUAUGUCCAGCAGUAAAAAGAACAGGGAUGAUGAUACUGCAGGAGAUAAAAAAGAAGACAAAGGAAAAUCUCAAUCAAUAUUUGAACAGUUUAACAUACCAAGACCAACAUUACAGCUUAACCCGUUCACAGGGCUACCUUUCACACCACGCUAUUAUGAGUUGCAUCGUAAAAGAACCACACUUCCGGUUUGGGAAUACAAGGAAAGAUUUGUGGAAAUGGUUACAAAACAUCAAACCAUUGUACUAGUGGGUGAAACAGGUUCUGGAAAAACAACGCAGAUUCCGCAGUGGUGUCUAGAAUGGGUGAGAGCUAGGAAUCCAAAAAAGGGUGUGGCAUGUACACAACCUCGUAGGGUAGCAGCUAUGUCCGUGGCUCAACGUGUGUCUGAGGAAAUGGAUGUUUGUCUUGGUCAGGAGGUUGGUUAUAGCAUCAGGUUUGAAGACUGCACAUCCCAAAAGACAGUACUAAAAUACAUGACUGAUGGUAUGUUGCUCAGAGAAGCCAUGUCAGAUCCUUUACUAGAAGCUUACGGUAUCAUUAUGCUAGAUGAGGCUCACGAACGUACUCUUGCUACCGACAUAUUGAUGGGUUUACUGAAAGAAGUAGCUAAACAAAGAUCUGAUCUUAAAAUCAUUAUCAUGAGUGCUACUUUGGAUGCUGGCAAAUUUCAGACCUAUUUUGAUAAUGCUCCAUUGAUGAGUGUUCCUGGCAGAACACAUCCUGUAGAAAUAUUUUACACACCUGAGCCUGAGAGAGACUAUCUUGAGGCAGCUAUAAGAACAGUCAUUCAAAUCCACAUGUGUGAGGAGACAGAGGGAGACAUGCUUUUAUUUUUGACUGGUCAAGAGGAGAUUGAUGAAGCCUGCAAAAGGAUUCAAAGAGAGGUGGAUAAUUUGGGUCAGGAUGUGGGGGAUCUCAAGUGUAUACCUUUGUAUUCAACAUUGCCACCAAAUUUACAACAGAGAAUUUUUGAACCACCUCCACCUAAAAAGGCCAACGGUGCAAUAGGAAGGAAAGUGGUGGUCUCUACAAACUUAGCCGAGACAUCUCUGACUAUUGAUGGUGUUGUGUUUGUCAUUGACCCAGGUUUCGCCAAACAAAAGGUAUACAACCCUCGUAUUCGUGUGGAGUCACUUUUGGUCACUGCUAUUUCCAAAGCUAGUGCACAACAAAGAGCAGGUAGAGCCGGUCGAACACGACCUGGCAAAUGCUUUCGGUUGUAUACAGAAAAGGCUUACAAGCAAGAAAUGCAGGAGAACACCUAUCCUGAAAUUUUGAGGUCUAACUUGGGGACAGUAGUACUACAGCUUAAAAAACUUGGUAUUGAUGAUUUGGUACACUUUGACUUUAUGGACCCUCCUGCUCCAGAAACACUGAUGCGAGCUUUGGAGUUGUUGAACUAUUUAGCUGCCCUUGACGAUGACGGUGAAAUAACAGAGCUUGGCUCCAUGAUGGCAGAAUUCCCACUAGAUCCUCAGCUGGCUAAGAUGGUCAUAGCAAGCUGCGACUACAAUUGUUCCAAUGAAGUACUGUCCAUAACAGCCAUGUUAUCAGUCCCACAGUGUUUUGUGAGACCGCUGGAGGCCAAGAAAGCAGCUGAUGAGUCAAAGAUGAGGUUCGCUCACAUUGAUGGCGAUCACCUCACUCUACUCAAUGUGUAUCAUGCUUUCAAACAAAAUCACGAAGAUCCUCAAUGGUGCUAUGAUAACUUUGUCAACUACAGAUCUUUGAAGAGUGCAGACAAUGUUCGACAACAGCUUGCGAGGAUCAUGGACCGUUUCAACUUACGCAGAUCAAGCACAGAAUUCACAUCAAGGGAUUAUUAUAUUAACAUUAGAAAAGCUCUAGUAUCUGGAUUCUUUAUGCAGGUAGCUCACCUGGAAAGAACUGGUCACUAUUUGACUGUGAAAGAUAGUCAGGUUGUCCAGCUGCAUCCAUCCACAGUUCUUGACCAUAAACCAGACUGGGUACUAUAUAAUGAGUUUGUACUGACCACCAAGAACUACAUUCGCACAGUAACUGAUGUGAAACCAGAAUGGCUUGUGAAAAUUGCACCUCAGUACUAUGACAUGGUCAAUUUCCCUAUGUGUGAAGCCAAGAGACAACUUGAAAGAAUUAUCGCCAAGCUACAGACCGGGAAAGGAUCCAACAACAGUUAUUAACAAAGAUUUUUUUCAACCAAUGGAAUCAAUCGCCACCUCUCUCUGCCAUAGUAAAAAAUUUGUGCAUGUCUAUGUUUUCAUAGUCUAACGUACUUCUAAAAACUAAAAGGACACAUUAUUAAUGAAUGGUUCUGAAAUUAACAGCUUUGUAUAGUUCAACUUGGAGGUACUCAAGUGUCUGUACUUGUUCUUGGACCAUUAAUGAAAUAAGAUUGUUGUUGAAGCCAUAACAACAAAAAGAAAGAGCUCAGUAGGAUUUUGAAAAUGUUGGUUCAUCUGAUGUCAUUGUCAUUCUUGUUUUGUUAUACAAAACUUUUUUUUGUUGUUGUUUUUACCUAUUUAAAAAUUUAAUGUGACCUCUUUUUUUUUUUUUUUUUUAAAUCAUUAAAAUUGUCAUACCAAAUCA